AUGACCGCUUCCACCAAAAACCCUCCUCCGCCCAAUAAACGGGUGCUCUUCGAGUAUCCUCCGCUCAAAGAGAUUCCAUUAUGUUUCGUGGUCACUAUUGCCACUAUGGCCUAUGCUUGGUAUGGUGUUUAUCGGUAAGUACCCGUGACUUUUAUCGAUUUUCGAAAGGAAAAACUUUGGAACUUCCACAAGUAAUACAUGUUUUAGAGCUAGUCAACAGUUUCAAUGGAGCAUUGGAGAUUAUGGUAUCUGGAGUUCUCCUCCUCUCAUCGGCAACUUGACGGGACCAAUGAUGAAGGUGAGAUUGUCAGCUGAUUCAACUCAAAAGUUUCUGAUUACAGGACGUCACAAACUGGGAAUGGUCCCGUUGGUCCCCAUUCGCCAUUUCCUACCUCCCCGUCUUCUUCGGUCACUUUUUGCUGUUCAACAUUGGCUCCGUCCUCCUUCCGGAAGUUGCUUUCGUUCCCAUUUACACUCUGGCUUCGAUCGGAGCAGUCUCCUACUACUUCACUCCGUUCUUAGUGGCCGUUUCUAUCGCUCAGGGCACUGUUGUCUUCUUGACUGCUUCAUUUUUAAGUGAGUUUUGUGAACUGUUUCCCAAGAACGUUCAAAUUCAUUUCAGAAAGACAUGGGCCAUCUGGUUGAGCGCUCUCCCAGUUCUCUACGUUUCGAUGCACGAGACCAACUCUCUGUCCGAUGAUCCGUUCCUCAUUUUCACUUUCCUUUCCUACUCCAUGAUUCAUUACAUCUCCUACUCUCUUGAACACCUUCUAGGCGAGUCAAGAAAAGAGGACAACACAGUGGCCAAAAGAUGGGUCAGAAUGAUGUUCUACGCUUUCUACCAGCCCUACCUUUUCUCACUUAUCAUGUUGUAUCCAGACUUUGAGAGGCAAAUCAGAGAAAGGUACGAAUUUGAGAAACAUUUGGAAAAUGAAAUGCGAACAACUACAGAUCAACACGUCAGCGUGAAUGGAAAAAGUGUGCGUGGACAGGGAUCAGAAUUGCAUUCUGGUGGUGGCUCAUGGAAACUUCGCUUCACUUUCUGUACCAAGAGGCCAUUCUCAAGAACGGUCCGUACCUGUACUCGCUUCCGAAGGAUCAGUUCGUCGCACUUGGGAUGGCAAUGGGCAUCUUCUUCCAUUUGAAGUAUGCCGUCAUUUUCGGAUUGCCUUCUCUGUUUGCUAAACUAGACAACAUGGAUCCGCUUCCCGGACCGAUCUGUCUUAUCAGAGUCACCCUAUAUUCAAAGGUCUGGAGAGAGUUCGACCGUGGUCUAUACCAAUUCUUCAAAAAGUACAUCUUCAUUCCGAUCUGCGCUCCGACCUUCUCACUGCCUCGAAAGAUCUUCGGAGUAUUCAUUUCCUACGGAUUCGUUCUUCUCUGGCACGGAUUCUACCAUCACAACAUUGUGAGUCUGACACCCAAUUAAGUGUGAAGAAGACGCACUUGAGACGGCCGCAUAAUUACGAGAAUCCCAUCAUUUUGUUUUUCCAGGUCUGGAUCGGUCUCAACAUUCUCGCCCUGUUCAUCGAAAUGGGAUCAAAAGCAAUUUACACGAUCGAGGGCGUCAGGAAAUGGAGAGAAGCGAAUCUGUCGGACGUGGCGUUCAGGCGCAUUCUCGCUUGGUGUCACAUUCUGCCGUUCGCCAUCGGACUCUAUUCAAACUUUUACUUUUUGGGAGGAUCGGACGUCGGAGCUGCGUUUGUGCAGAGGUUUUGA